AAGAGCACGGAUCUUCUCAUCCGCAAAUUGCCCUUCCAGAGGCUCGUGCGUGAGGUUGCCCAGGACUUCAAAACUGACUUGAGGUUUCAGAGCAGUGCAGUUAUGGCUUUACAGGAGGCCGCGGAAGCUUACCUCGUGGGUCUUUUCGAAGACACAAAUCUUUGCGCAAUUCACGCUAAGCGUGUUACCAUCAUGCCCAAGGAUAUGCAGCUAGCUAGGAGGAUCCGCGGCGAGAGGUCGUAA